UUUCAGAAUGACUGAGCUCAAAUUCAAGGGAGUUUACGUGGAGGAUAUAGGCCAUUUAACAUGCGGAACGCUUACAUUGACUGAAAAUUCGAUUAACUUCAUAGGCGAUAAGGGUGGAAAAUCAGUUUACAUCACAGGAACCGACGUCGAUAAACUGAAAUGGCAAAAGCUUGGCAACAAGCCGGGACUACGCGUUGGUCUUAGUGAUGGAGGUGCUCACCGCUUCGGAGGAUUCUUGGAUGAUGAUCUUCAGAAAAUCCAAUCGUUCACUUCUUCUAACUGGUCUAAAUCUAUCAAUCAAUCAAAUCUUUUCAUCAAUGGAUGGAACUAUGGGCAGGCCGAUGUCAAAGGCAAAAAUAUUGAAUUUUCAUGGGAAAAUGAACCGAUUUUCGAAAUUCCGUGCACGAAUGUGUCAAACGUCAUUGCCAACAAAAAUGAGGCUAUUUUGGAGUUCCAUCAGAAUGAACAAAGCAAAGUUCAGCUGAUGGAGAUGAGAUUCCAUAUGCCAGUUGAUCUAGAAAAUGAGGAGGAUACUGAUAAAGUAGAAGAAUUCAAGAAAGCAGUGCUGGCAUAUGCUGGAUUGGAGGCUGAAACUGAGCAACCAAUAUGCCUUCUCACUGAUAUUCUGUGCACAACACCUCGUGGAAGAUAUGAUAUUAAAGUUUAUCCGACAAGUAUUGCACUCCACGGAAAGACGUACGAUUACAAGAUUCCUGUCAAAACGAUCAAUCGUCUAUUCUUGGUUCCUCAUAAAGAUGGACGCCAAGUAUAUUUUGUGUUGUCGUUGAACCCACCCAUUCGCCAGGGACAGACACACUACAGUUAUCUCAUUUUCGAGUUUGGGAAGGAUGAAGAAGAAGAUUUGGAGUUGUCGUUGACUGAUGAACAACUCGACUAUUUCAAUGGAAAUCUUCAACGUGAAAUGACUGGACCAAUCUAUGAGACAAUCUCAAUUCUCUUCAAAUCAAUUUGCAAUCUGAAAGUCACCGUUCCUGGACGAUUCCUCGGAAGUUCGGGCACUCCUGCCAUACAAUGUACACAUCGUCAGAACCUUGGAUUGUUGUACCCAAUGGAAAAGGGAUUUUUGUUUAUUCAAAAGCCGGUCAUGUACAUUCGCUUUGAAGAGAUUAGCUCAUGUCAUUUCGCACGUUCUGAUAGCGGAACUGUAACAAGAACUUUUGAUUUUGAGAUUGAUCUGAAAACUGGAUCAUCGUUGACUUUCAGUGCAAUGGAUAAAGAAGAGAACAACAAACUAUUCGACUAUCUAAACAAGAAAGAGAUCAAAAUUCGCAAUUCUCAUCGUAUCGAUAACAAAUCAGCUGGUUAUGGAAGCAGCGAUGAAGAUGAUAUCGAUCCAUACAAGUCAACUGUGAAAGCAGAGGGUCGUGAACAAGAUGAUGACAGCGAUGAUGAAAGUACUGAUGAGGAUUAUGAUUUGGAUAAGGAUAUGAAGAAGCAGAAGAAUGACAAAGACUCAUCAGAAGGUUCUGGAAGUGAACCUGACGAUGAAUAUGAUUCUGGCUCAGAGAAAGAUGCUUCAGGAACUGGAGAAUCUGAUCCAGAUGAAGAGAAUAUUGAACCAAAAAAGAAGGAGAGUAAAGAAAAGAAGAAUAAACGCGAGAAGAAAGAGAAGCCGGUAAAGGAGAAAGCUGUGAAGAAAGGAAAGAAAACUAAAGAUCCAAAUGAGCCGAAACGAGCAACCACUGCAUAUAUCAUCUGGUUCAAUGCCAAUCGUAAUUCAAUGAAAGAAGAUGGGGAUACACUCGGAGAUGUUGCUAAAAAAGCCGGAGCAAAGUGGAAGUCCAUGAGUGCGGAUGAUAAAAAGGAAUGGAACGAUAAGGCUGCACAGGACAAGGCAAGAUACGAAGCGGAAAUGAAAGAAUACAAGAAGAAUGGUGGAGGAGUAGAGAAAGCAUCUGGACCAUCCACGAAGAAAAGCUCCGAUCAAUCUCCGGGUAAACAGUUCAAGUCUAAGGAGCAUAUCAGUGAUACGGAUGAUUCCGAUGACGAUGAGCCGCUAAAGGCGAAGAAAGACGAAUCCGAUGCUGCCUCCGAGUCUUCUGGUGAAUCGGAUUGAUUUUCUGACUAAAUAUUUUAUUGUUGCUUUUUAUUCGCCUUCCUUCUUACUUUCAUAGAUCUCUUUCAUCCUCUUUCCAAUCAUUUACCCAUUUUAUAUUGGAUUCCCAUUAAUUUCAAUUAUAACUGUAAAAUGAAUUUAUCGAUGAUG